ACAACAUACACUGAAGCGAUCCAGUCAGUCUCGCCCCUCCGCUCUCAGCAGCAUCAUCGUCGUCGUCGUCCCCGCCGGGUCCGGGUGGCAGAGAGGAGGAUGGUCCAGUGGAAGAAAAGCAGCCCGGCGAUGCGAAUGACAGUGACACGAUAAUGUCCCUCGAUUUACGCAAGUGCCCGAAUGUACGACUAGUGACCAAGUGAGACGACCGUGUAAGUAAAACGGCGCAGAUUUUGACGUUGUCCUGCUCGAGGUAGUUGAGGCUAACACAACAACGCGCUAACCUGAGAGAGGAGGCUGGUUUGCUAGCUUCGGUAACGGGCAGGACAGGUAGGCUGCUUUUGGGUGUUAACGUUUACCCCACCUCAGUGGUGGGAAACGUUAACACCCGGGGUAAAAGCGUCUUUUUUUUCCUGCAGCUUUUCGGACAACCUACACCUAACACUCGCGUCCCUGUUUGUGUUAGUGAUCCACUGUCAGUGUGCUGAACAAAGGAGCUGUAACCGAGGGGCCGCAUGGACAGAAACAUGCACAGAGAAGUCGGCUGCUGUUUGUUUUGUGCUCCAUUUCAUGCUGACACACUUCUUCAGCGAUAACCACACGAGGUCUGACCUGAAUGUGUCGCUGAUUGACGGUGACCUAGCUCAUUUUGGUAAAUGCUAUUGAAGGAACUUGCUGUUACUGUAUGUCACCGUGCAGCUGUUAAGAUGGAGAAGUUUGAUGUCUCUGUUGACAACGUGGUUUAGUCAGGUUUAUACAGAAGCCUGUCAGGAUCCACCCUCACUCUGACUCAAGGUGUCUGACUUGAUGUGUAUCACGUGACAGCAUGUUUUGAUAACUGUAAAGGCACAACAGUGGGUUGUAUUUGUUUAUAUUAACAAUAUAGUAACAGUAGUGACUGUGGAUGUGACGAUACAGGUGCUGGCAGGUAGGGCUGACAUGCUGCAUGUACUUCAGUUAAGGCUAGUUAGUCACAGCUGUAGAUGAUCAUAGCUGUACUGUUAUAGAGCUGAUACCUUGAUAGAUAUACAAUGAAAAUAAUGGAUAUCUAUAGCGCUUAUCUAUUUACCUGAUUAAUCAAUAAUAGUUAGAAUAUACAAUAUCAUAAUUUGUGAUUGCUGGCUGAAACAAAGACUGCCAUGACUUGAAUUUUUGUCAGCAGGAAUCAUCAGACAAAGAUUUCCAGACAACACUUAUGUGUUUGGGAUUCUUGAGUUCAUGAGUCAUUAAGUCUUGAUCAUCACAUUACCGAAAAUGGGGAAUACCAUAUGUUCUAGAGGCCUGUUCUGUGUAGACCUGUGGCAUGAGUGUAACUUACAACAAACAUAAUUGAUGAAAAAAAACAACCUGUUUUCCUGGCUGGAUUUAAGGCUAAUAAGACGAGUGUCCAGUCAACAAGGAGUGAACACUUCCUCAGCCACCACAGAUUGGUGUGUAGCCUCAAAGAGCUUUGGUAAUGGUAGAUAAUUGAACCGUACAAACUGUACGUUCCCUGGAAUUCCAAAGUUCCUCCAUGUCCAAACUUCCUGUCCUUAUUUAGUAUGAGACAGAGGGAGACCGGCGGAGUUACACAGAGGAGUGAAGUGAACUGGAAGUAAACCAGUGUGCACAAAACAGAGAGCCAAGCAGACACACUGACCUAAUAACUAUAGUAGCCCCCCUCUGCUCCCCCUUACCACCACCACCACCACCCCUUCAGAUAUAAACACACAAGGUCCGGUCUGCUGCAUGCAUCAUUGGAGCAGAACGUGAAAGAAGUCAGCUAUUAUUCGCCAGUGGUUGCAGCUUCUGCACGGCCCAUAUGCCUCCGUCUGUCAGUGCGUGUUUUCCGUGUCUUGUCACUGCAUAGAAAUGGGAGGCGAGAGGAGGGGAGGCAGCCAGCCACGCUAUUCAAAUGUUCCAGAGCUCGGACCAGCCAGUGGCCAACUGUAGCCGGGGCUAAAAGAGGCUCUUUGUGAGGGCCAGACAGAUGGCCGUAGAAUGAAGACUGUAAUGAUACCCUCAGCGGCCCAAUACACACAUGCACUCACAUACAUACUCCGCUCGUUACAGGACGUAAUGUUGUGUGCGUUUGUGUGUUGAAGACGGGACAAAUUGUUUGUGUCUGAGGGAGAGGUGGGGAAGAUGAGGAAGGAAAUGAAUCAGAACACGCAGAUUUGAGAACCUACAGGAGGUUAAUCAGCUGUUGCUGGGAGAGUAAACUCGGCUGUAGCAGCCAUAGCUGCGAUUCUUGGGAUUCUUUGGUUGAGCGCCUGAGAGGCAAAGUAAAACUGUUUAUUUUUUUUUGUCCAGGAUAUUAGUGCUGCACGGUUUAACACACACACUCAGACUCUCAUAUCUCCAGUAGCAGACAAGCAUGUAAACAGCCUAAUGUGUGCAAGUUCUUCACAAAGGAAAGCUAACUGGGCUCGCUGUGGUAAUAUUGACCAUGCCUUUCAUCAACUGACUAACAAAUCGAUGGCUUGGAUAUCAUUAACCUUCCCGUCUCGCCCGCCCUCUUUGUAAUUAUCUCUCUGUCUUUCUGGCUUCUUUCUUCUGCCUCUCCCUUUGCCCCUCUAUUUCCGGUGAGAUAACAUCCUCGCCACAGCACAUCAGCUGAUCGAUAGACGGACUGAUUGAUUGAUACGUCUUCACUUUAUGGCUUCUGAAUUGUUGUUUUUUCAUCUUAGCUUCACCAGCCUUUUUCCAAUUCUUUCCUCGCCUCGUGUCCGUCUUCAACCAUCCUUUUCUGCUAAUCAAUCUUCCCCCCUCUCUCUCUCUCUCUCUCUCCUUCUCUUUCUUUUACUUUCAGGGCAGGAAAACGCUGAACCAUGUUGCUCUAAGUUGUGACCUGUGGUGAACGGGGGAGGAGGAAGAGGAGGAGGAGGAGGAGGAGGAGGAGGGAGGCGCAGGCAGACGGGCAUCUGCCACAGCUCCCUUUAGGCGGCCCUUUGCAAGCUUGAAGCCAUGGGCAACACAGCCACCAAGUUCCGCAAGGCCCUGGUGGGUGGUGACGAGGCCCUGGCCUGGCAGCUGUACGAGGGCAACCCUCAGUUCAGGGACGGCCUGGACCCGAACGCAUCGUACGGAGAGCAGUACCAGCACAACACGCCUCUGCACUAUGUCUGCCGCCACGCUAUGACACGUCUGCUCAGGUCCUUCCUGUUCAGUAAAGAGGGGAACCCCAACAAGCGCAACGUGCACAACGAGACGUGCCUCCACGUGCUGUGCCAAGGCCCACAGAUCCUGCUGCUGCCGGAGGGAGCGCUGUCGCCACGACUGGCCCGACCCCAGAGGGACGAGCAGCGUCGCGCCGACUGUCUGCAGAUGAUCCUUAGCUGGACCGGUGCCAGGCUGGAGGGAGGCCAGUACGAGAAGGCCAACGUCAACGCCACCGACAAUCACCACAGCACCUGUCUGCACUAUGCUGCCGCUGCAGGCAUGAAGAGCUGUGUGGAGCUGCUAAUCCAGAGCGAUGCAGACCUUUUUGUGGAGGACGAGGACAAGUUGACGCCAUGUGACCAUGCCGAGCGGCAUCACCACACCGAGCUGGCCCUCAGCCUGGAGUCACAGAUGGUUUUCUCCUCCUCUUCGGCUCAGCAGUCAAACACAGACGCACGUGGUGAAACCAACCUGCUGCAGUACAAGGAGCCUUAUGAGGGACUGAAACUUCAGGAUCUGCGCAGGCUGAAAGACAUGCUGAUCGUGGAGACGGCAGACAUGCUGCAAGCCCCCCUCUUCACUGCCGAGGCCCUGCUCCGAGCACACGACUGGGACAGAGAAAAGCUUCUGGAAGCCUGGAUGUCAGACGCUGAGGGUUGCUGCCAGCGCUCAGGAGUGACCAUGCCCACCCCCCCACCCAGCGGGUACAAUGCCUGGGACACCCUCCCCUCACCUCGCACCCCCAGGACCCCACGCUCACCACUCACACUCACCCUCACCUCUCCGACUGACAGCUGCCUCACACCUGGAGAGGAGGGCCUGGCUUCGUGUGGAAUCUGUCUCUGCUCUAUCUCCGUGUUUGAGGAUCCAGUGGACAUGUCCUGUGGACACGAGUUCUGCAGAGCAUGCUGGGAAGGGUUCCUCAAUGUAAAGAUUCAGGAGGGGGACGCACACAACAUCUUCUGCCCGGCCUACGAGUGCUACCAGCUGGUGCCGGUGCAUGUGAUAGAAAGUGUAGUUUCCAGGGAGAUGGACCAGCGAUUUCUACAGUUUGACAUUAAGGCAUUUGUGGAGAACAAUCCGGCCAUCCGAUGGUGUCCUGCAGCACGCUGUGAGCGGGCGGUGCGGCUCACCCGACCAGGCCCCGGGGACAGUGACCCACACAGUUUCCCCCUGCUGCCCUCCCCAGCCGUCGAUUGUGGCAAGGGUCACCUCUUCUGCUGGGAGUGCCUUGGUGAGGCCCAUGAGCCAUGUGACUGUCAUAUGUGGAGGAACUGGCUCCAGAAAGUUACAGAGAUGAAGCCUGAGGAGUGUGUGAGUGAGGCCUAUGAGGAUGCUGCUAACUGCCUGUGGCUGUUGACCAACUCAAAACCAUGUGCCAACUGCAAGUCGCCCAUUCAGAAGAAUGAGGGAUGCAACCAUAUGCAGUGUGCCAAGUGCAAGUAUGACUUCUGUUGGAUCUGUCUGGAGGAGUGGAAGAAGCACAGCUCGUCAACAGGAGGCUACUAUCGCUGUACUCGCUAUGAGGUCAUCCAACAGCUGGAGGAGCAGUCCAAGGAGAUGACUGUGGAGGCAGAAAAGAAGCACAAAAGUUUUCAGGAGCUGGAUCGUUUUAUGCAUUAUUAUACUCGCUUCAAGAACCAUGAACACAGUUAUAAGUUGGAGCAGAAAUUGCUAAAAACAGCCAAAGAGAAGAUGGAGCAGCUCAGCAGAGCCUUCAUUUGCCGUGAAGGAACUCCUCCAGACACGCGUUUCAUUGAGGACGGUGUGAGUGAGCUGCUGAAGACGCGACGCGUCCUAAAGUGCUCUUACCCAUACGGCUUCUUCCUGCAGCAAGGCAGCACCCAGAAAGAGAUAUUUGAGCUAAUGCAGACAGACCUGGAGAUGGUUGUGGAGGAUCUGGCCCAGAAGGUCAACCGGCCGUACCUGAGGACUCCCUGCCACAAGAUAAUCAGUGCAGCGCGUCUGGUGCAGCAGAAGAGGCAAGAAUUCCUGGCAUCAGUGGCCCGAGGCGUCGCGCCCAACGACUCUCCUGAUCCUCCCCGCAGAAGUUACCCUGGAGGAUCGUGGGACUGGGAGUACCUUGGCUUUGCCUCCCCUGAGAUGGGGAGUCGUCACUCUGUACUGGCAGCAGGAGAUCAGAGAGAGAGACAGUCACAGGAUUAUGCUGACAUCCAGUACCGUCGUAGACACAGACCACGGCGCAGAGGAGACAUGCUGAGUCUGCACAACCUUAGAAGCAGCAGCAACACACCAGAGACCAGCAGGAGGAGUGACAACACAGAAAACCCAGAAAGAAGUGAGGGCCGCAGAAGAGUGCUGGGCUUGCUGGAUGAAGAUGAUCCAAACAUCCUGCUGGCCAUCCAGCUGUCCCUUCAGGAGUCUCGCAGAGAGCGAAGCCUGGAGGGAGGCCUGGAGGGAGGCCAGGAGGGAGGGACGGAGGGGAGAGUGGAGCUGAACUGUGGACCGGAGAGGAUGCGGCGACCCUCGGGCGAUCUGGGCGAUGUCGCUUUGCAGUCUCUCAACACGGACGGUCCUCCAGGAGCCAGAGGCUCCUCCUACCCCACUUCUCUCCUAGGUCCUCCUCGCCCCCCUAACAGGACAGACUCCACCUCACAGCCUCCCAUGUCAAACUCCCUCCACCUCCCUCCCCCUCCUCCCUCCCUCAGUGCAGAGCUGCUGGAGCUGGGAGACAGCCUUAUGAAACUGGGGAGCAUAACCACUCCCUAUGACCUGGACACACACACACAGGAGCAGCUCUGCUCUCACCACACAUACAACCACAGUACACUCAACGCUCCCUACACCAUUGAACCCGCUUACAGCGACUUCAGCCAUAGACCAGACCAGAAUGCACUGACCACUCCAUAUGUGCUUGACCAUAUCACCAUUACAGAUCCCAGUUACUGCCACUCCAGUGGGUAUUUGGCUGAGGCUGAACACACUGCCUCUUGUUCACUUGAACGCACCCAAAACCCCGCCCAUCCUAGUUCAAGUAACCGGGAACACUUGGUCAUGUACGACAGCACCCCAAAACCCGACAUCUCUUAUAACCCCUGUCCCGAACACAGUAGCUCCUACACCCAGGAGCGUCCUGCCGCCUAUGCUCUCGAACGCCCGCCCAAGUCAGACCCCCAGCCCCUUGCCCAGUUGUGCCUCCCAUCUCCAGAGCUUGAGCCGGAGCUGCUGCUUUCACCGGUGAUCCCCCCAGGGGGCCCUUUCACCCCCAGUGACCCUCAGAGUCUGGAGCCCCUGGACCCAACAGCCAGUGCCCAGCUGCUAGACAACAUCAUGGCCUGGUUUAACAACAACAUUAACCCCCAGAACAACCCCCAGAGCCUGGCCCUCAUCCCCUCCCCGCCCACCACAGAAACAGACUCCUCCCCUGACACACACACUGAGACUGAGUCAGAGAGCCAGACCUCCAGGGACAUGACCCCCGCCCCUCUCUGGCAGCCCCUGGAGGGCGAGCCAGAAGCAGACAGAGGGUCGGCGAGUCCCUGUCUAGGUGCAGAGGGCCUGAAGACGUCGAGGCCCAGCACUCUGGAGCUAGAAAAAAGAGAAAAUGGCGAGGAGGGUGCGGAUGCGAGGUGUGUAUCUGACCUGUCGCUGGACGAAGCGCACACACACCCGUGUUCGCACUCCCAACGUGGAAACAGUCCCGCACACACUGCCCCAACCACAGAGAGAGACUUGGACCUCAUCCUCCAGUUGGAGGGAGACCAAUCGCCUGAGGAGUGGGAGGAACAAGUACACCUGGUGUGACAGCGACAGAACGACGUGGAGAGAGAACGUUAAGCCAAGUACAGGAAGAGAGAGAUGAAAGUUAAAGAGGAAAGAAAAUCAAAGACUGGGAAAACUAGAAAGAGGAAAAAUUUAAGAUGUAACGGUGAAGCCUCAAUGAAAGAUGUAGGUCUUUGGAGUGCUAACUGUAUGUAUUAUACUGUAUCUACAGAGGACAUAAAACCCUGGGGACUUUGUCCAGUAAAGAUGAUGUCAUAACGCAGUUUUUUUUUUUUUUUUUUUUUUUUUUUUUUUUUUUUUCUUUUUUAUUAUUAUAUAAAGUGCUUUUGUCUGCUCUAAAAACAGACAACCCAUUCUUUGAAAAACAUGUAGUGUUUAAAGCAAAGUACAUCAAUGGAAAGCUACUGAUAUCAUAACACAUACAAUGCUGCACAUGUUUUUUGUUUUCAUGUAUUAUUUAUUCCCUGUGUUUAUCUUCUCAGUUUGUUCAGGGUGAAGUUUUGGUGCUGAUCAUGCUGAAAUCCACACACCGACCCAAACACCAGCUUCCUGGAGCCCAAUAUGAUGAUAACUGUAACCUUGGAGCUUGUUUAGCGUACUGUACAAUCGGAGGGCCUAAUUCAGAUUUUUGGCCCUUCACGCACACUGUGCCUGUUUUGCGAGUGAGCAACACACUACAGAUGUUUCCUUUUGAUGGGCUGCAGAGAACGACAAUAUACUCGUCUGCUCAGUGACCGUCACGCUUGUACAACGUGUUAUCUGGAUUUUAUGAGAGUUAUAAUUCUUUUGUAAAACUCCAGCGAUCACAGAAGAGAUGAUAUCUUGUCCCUCUGCACAGGGAGGUCAGAGGUCAGUCCCAGCUAAGUCUUGCUCAAAGGCACUUCAACAUCAUGGGUGCUUGUUGUUUGGCUCAGUUUUGAGUGUCCGUGUGCAAAACUCUUUAACCCAAAAUGCUAUUACAUCAAUAAUAACGUUUGCCUCAAAUUUGACAUGGAAUACAUGAUGAACAUCUUUUUUUAAAUUGGGUAUCACAGCAUCACAAUAUUGUAUAUUGCUUAAUUUUAAUCACUGUUGCAUUUCAAAAUAUAUGGCUUUUAUAAAAUAAUGCCAUCAAACAAAUGAAUCAUCAAAACAAAAUAUUGAAUGUGUGACAGAAGAAAUAAAGAUCAGAACAGCUGUUACUGUAGCUAUAAAGAGUCUGACUUCACACUACAGUAAGUCUGGUAAACAUUUGUCUAUCAAUUUGUCAGUUGACUGAGCCAAACAAUCAGACAAUACUGUACAUGAAAACACUCAUUUAAUUUAUUUUUCAUACCUUUAUCAUGUCUAUUCCACUACUGAUGGCUAGUACAGUGUGCUAUUGAUAGACGAGAGAUGGGUUGAGAUUUACUGUAAUUUAUCCUUUUUUAAAUUUCUUUAUUCCAUAUAGAGAUGAUAUUUUUUUCCAAUUGAGACCAGAGUUGUUGGGUCUGUGUGCCUUUUUGUUUCAGUCGUAAUUUGUCCAUUCGUUGGUAUUUAUUACUGUCAUUGCGUUUUAUACAUGCAAAACAAAGUUGUCGAUGAAAGAUAACGGAGAACACACCACUUUGGCAGUUGCCAUACA